UUGUUUGGUCAAGCGGUCAGGCAGAUAUAGGGAUGGACGGUAGACAAUAUAACUGCAGACACAGCCACUGCUGUUGACUCCAGUCCUUUAUUUCUAUCUACAGGAAUCUCCCUAGCACAAGAUGAAGCUGACAUUUGCUCUCAUUCUUGCACUCCAAGUGUCAGUGUGUGUCUGGGCACAGGAUUGGCCCGAGCCUGACAAGGAGUUAGUGGAGAAAUAUGAGGGUCUGAAGGCAGUUUUCCUUAAGAGGGUUGUCAACGCUUGGGAAAAGACCAAAGAGACCAUUCAACCAGCACUAGAGAGCUCAUCAACAGGAGGACAAGCCAAAGAAUUUUUUGAAGAAAUGCAGAAAAGGCCAAGAGUGGAAAGCGCCAUCAAAAUUAUGGGCGGUCUGGCCAGCGAGCUCGAGCCUGUUGUGGACAAAGCUCGCAUGGCUCUUCUCGGUGCUUAUGGCUACUAUCUGCGGCCCUACAUUGGAGAACACCUGGACAAAGCAAUCACCAACAUCAAGCCAGUGCUGGAUACCGUCCUGCCUCAUGAGGGUUAGAGUCUGUAGCUCGUCAACCACUGACUCCUUCAACCCAGCAAACAUGUAUUUUCAUUGCUUCAAUAAUGGAUCCGAAUCUGAAACUAUCUGACAGCUGUGUGUCCAGCAUGCCGGUGCAGAUUUUGCAUGUAUAUACUGUAUCUGUGUAUUUGAUACCAUUCUGUUCAGUGCAGGAAAAAUAAAUAACAUCCAGUCCAGCAUUAAUAGAGUAUGAAUUAUGUGAUUUCAUGUGCCUCAUAAAGAAACAACAAGACUCUAAAUAAAAACAUCUGGAAAAUGCAAA